AUGCUGUCCUGCCGCCUCCAGUGCGCGCUGGCCGCGCUCUCCAUCGUCAUGGCUCUGGGCGGUGUCACCGGCGCGCCCUCGGAUCCCCGACUCCGUCAGUUUCUGCAGAAGUCCCUGGCUGCUGCCGCGGGGAAGCAGGAACUGGCCAAGUACUUCUUGGCAGAGCUACUGUCUGAACCCAACCAGACAGAGAACGAUGCCCUGGAACCUGAAGAUUUGUCCCAGGCUGCUGAGCAGGAUGAAAUGAGGCUGGAGCUGCAGAGAUCUGCUAACUCAAACCCGGCCAUGGCUCCCCGAGAACGCAAAGCUGGCUGCAAGAAUUUCUUCUGGAAGACUUUCACAUCCUGUUAG